AUGUCACACUUCAAUGCUUUAGCCUCAAGCUGGUGGGAUGUUAAUGGUCCUCAACGGAUCUUACAUAAGAUGAAUUUGCUAAGGAUGGAUUUUAUAAACGAGACAAUAAAGCUGCAUCUAAAGCUCAACGCAAACCGUGUGUGUGAAUUCGAGGAAGAUGUGUAUAUUCCACCAUACAAUGUGGAUUUAUUACCACUUCAAGUUAAGAACAGGAUUCUUCAAGACCAGGAACUGAGAAAAGAGGAAUUGUUGAAGCAUACAAAACUAAGAGUAUUGGACGUUGGGUGUGGAGGUGGAAUCUUGGCCGAGUCAAUGGCGAGAUUACCGUUUGUUGAGAAAGUGAAAGGUGUAGAUUUGUCGCUGAACGUUAUUGAAGCAGCUGAAAUCCAUAAAGAAAAAGACCCCAUGUUAUGGGAUAAACUUGAAUACGAACAAGCGUCACUAGAGACUAUUCCACAGAGCUCAAAAUAUGAUGUGAUCACAAUGUUUGAAGUUUUAGAACAUGUGGAUUAUCCUUCUCGAAUGCUACAAGAAGGAUUGCAGAGAUUAAAAGUCGGCGGCUGGUUAUUCCUUUCCACAAUAAAUAGAGAUCCAAUAAGUUGGUUUACUACUAUAUUUAUGGGUGAGCACCUUUUGAGAAUCGUGCCUGUUGGAACACAUACGUUGGAGAAGUACAUCAAUCAAAAUGAGAUUAAAGAUUGGUUAGAGGAGGAUCUCGAGAGAAAAAAGCAAUUCAAGGUUGAGGUUACUAAAGGUUGUGCCUAUAUACCAUCAUAUGGUUGGAAGUUUACCUCAUGUCCAGAUGUAGGUAACUACUUUAUGGCAAUCCAACGCAAAGUUUAG